AGCUGUUCACCGCCAUGAAAAUGUUAGAAACUGACUUCAAGAUGGAUCUAGCCCAAUUGCAACACAACGUUACACAGCUGUCCAGUGACAUGAAAAUGUUAGAAACUGACUUCAAGAUGGAUCUAGCCCAAAUGCAAAAUAGCGUUACAGGAUUAUCUGAGAAGAAAAACAGAUCACUUGAUAAACUCCGAGAACUAUCUGGGGAGUGUCCUGAAGACUGGAGGCGAUUUCAACAAAACUGUUAUUACUUCUCAUCAGAAAGCAAGACUUGGACAGAGGCCCAGAGAGCCUGUGCAUCACUGGAUGCCAAUCUUGUUGUCAUUAACAAGCCGGAGGAACAGGCAUUUAUAAAAACGUGGCUUCAAAAGAAAAAUCGCUGGAUUGGACUCACUGAUUCUAUCUCUGAAGGUGAUUGGCGCUGGGUGGACGGAAUGGAUUAUACUUCCUCUGUAAAAUUUUGGGCAAAAGGUGAACCAAAUAAUAAGUCUGAUGAAGACUGUGUAGAAAUACACAGAGAUGGAGAAUGGAAUGAUCUACCAUGUGGUUUCUCUCAACAUUGGAUCUGUGAAAAGCCAGCACAGUUUAAUUGUCCUUAAUGUUCCACCAGUGCAUAGGAGGGAAGCAAAUCACUUUUGAAGUGUUCAGUCUGUGUACAUUAAACAAGCAACUCUAAAUUGGGAUUGACAGGAGAAGGGAGUAGCAAGGGGUCUCCCUCACUCUCCUGACCAUAACGUUCCAAAGUCCCACUGAAAGCAAUCAGGCUAUUCCCGUUUAUCUCAAUAAGUCAUGUAAAAAUUCACAUGAUAUAUACUCCUAUAUUCCUGUACUAUGUUGAAUCAGAUCAAUAAUUACGGUGUACUGUGGAUGCUAGAGAUGUGAAAUAAGAACAGAGAAAAUCAGAUGGACAGGCAGCAUCUGU